CGUGUCAUGGUAGUUAAGAGAAGAGCAAGCGCGUGUCGUGCCUGAAAUUUGUCAACAAACGCUUAUCAAUUACUUUAACAAUUAGCUGUGCAGACAUUACUGAUCCACGGUUAUCAGUGAUAUCUUUCCCUGACUUAGGAAGGCAACGGACUUGAUACAUCCUCAGGUGAAAUGGAGGCCAAGACAUGGCCUCCAUUUAAUUUGCGGAAAUUGGUCACGGGACUCUCAGCGGUUCCAAAGCCUAUUGUCAUCGAUCGUUCCGCGGCCAUGAAGAGAACUCUGGAAAGCGGCGACGAAAACUCAAUGGAAGGGGAGCCGUCUGAAAAAAAGGAUAGGAUCGUCAACGGCGAUGAGUCUCCCUGCAAGUCGAAAACCGCGGUCGUAGACCUCCUAUUUCUGCAAAGCAUGCAUCCGCAGAUGGACAAAAUGGAGAUUCAGGACGUUCUCGUGCAGAACGAUUGGAACCCCGCCAAGGCAGGCCGAGUACUAAAAGCGAGGAGCGAGGAGCGGAACAAAAAGAAACCUUGCGGAGAGGACAAAGAAUCAGACGAUGAGCAACCUCCAAAGACAUACCGGCGGAUAAAGAAGGCGUCCCCCACGAGGACCAAGUCCAAGGAGGACUACCGGGAGCAUGAGGCACUCUUUGCUAAGAUGUGCAAGACGUUCCCUCUGCGCGAUCGCAUGUUCAUCCAGCAGUGCCUUGUGCAGGCCAAGUGGAGCGAGGAGACAGCCGCCAACAUGAUCCGCGCUGGCCCCAAGAAUGCACGUCCGGUGCUGCUGACUGACGAAGAAAAGGAGCUGGUGUUGAAGCAGCAGCAGUUUGACGCUGAGCAGAAAAAAAUUGAAGAUGCCAGUGAAUUCGCGCGGAAGAGACAGGAGAUCAGUAAGGCCAUCAACGCCUCCUUCAAGAACAUCACCAGCGUCAGGUUGCAGGCUGAGGAGGAGGAGGAGAAGGUGGACCCUGGCUACCGUCAAGACGUCAAGAAGCGCAUUCUUGACCUGCUGAAGACUGGAACCCUGGAGGAAUUAGCUGCCCUGCCAGGUUUCUCAAAGAAAAAGGCUGAGCAGGUGAUGAAGGUGAAGCCAUUUUGCAUGUGGAGCGAGAUCCGUGGCAAGCUAGAUCGCGCGAUAGCAAGUGCAUUGAUUGACGCCGCCGAGGAAAUGUUCCGGGUCAGGGAUGACGUCACUGACCUGAUGCAGCGCUGCACCAAGCUUUCUAAGCAGAUGGCCGGCAAGGUGCGGCAAAUCGUGUCCUCCAACGCGUCUGACCUAGCCGAGCAGCCGAAAUCGCUGGGUGGCUCCGACCUCAAGCUGGCGCCCUACCAGCUUGUUGGACUCAACUGGCUCAUCCUGCUGCACAAACACGGCAUCAAUGGAAUACUCGCUGAUGAAAUGGGUCUUGGAAAGACAAUUCAGGUCAUCUCAUUCCUAGCAUACCUCAAAGAGCAAGGACUGAAGAAAGGCGUGCACACAAUUGUUGUGCCAGCGUCAACCCUUGACAACUGGUCCAACGAGCUUACUCGUUGGUGUCCCGAGCUUAAAGUAAUUUACUACUCAGGAAGUCAGGAAGAGCGCAAGCAGAUCCGCCUGUGGUGGAAAAACGAGAAGAAUAAAGCUGAGGUGGAGUCUUACGACAUUAUCCUCACCACUUACAACCAAAUCAACAGCAGCAAGCAAGACAGGGCCUUCUACCGCACCAUUAAAUUGCAUUACAUUAUUUUUGAUGAGGCGCACAUGCUGAAAAACAUGGCCACGCAGAGAUACACCUCGUUGAUGCAGAUCAGGGCUGACCGACGCAUUCUGUUGACCGGCACACCACUGCAGAACAAUUUGAUUGAACUGAUGUCUUUGCUGAUUUUCGUCAUGCCUCAGAUGCUUGGAGAGAUGCAGGAAGAACUUGUCACACUGUUUAAAAUGGCCAAUAGAGCUGAGGGUUGCAAUGAAUUUGAGAAGAAGAAAAUCGAACAGGCCAAAAAAAUCAUGGAGCCGUUUGUGCUGAGGCGUCUUAAGAGAGACGUGCUGAAGGACCUGGCUGCUAAAACGAGCCACAUCCUCAACGUGGAUCUGCUUCUGCACCAAAGAGCUCUCUACAAGGAUCUCGUCACUGAGUUCUUUUCAAGCGCGACGGAAGAGGACACUCCUCCACCAUCAGAGGCUCAGUCUGAGAACGGAGACGUCGACCCUGACCAGCCAGAGCCAGAGGACACGGCGAGCAGCCAGGGCGGCAGCACCCUUGGUGGCAGCAUGGGCAUGAUGAUGCAGCUGCGUAGGGCCGCCAAUCACCCGGCCCUGCUGCGGCACGAAUACACGGAACGCAAGAUCAAGGCUAUAGCAAAGAAGCUGCAGAAGGAUAAGACUUACAAGGAGAACCGCGAGGCUUCCAUCCAGAUGGACUUGAGGGAGAUGUCCGACCACCAGAUCCACAUGCUUUGCAGGCAGCACCCCUGCAUUGAAAACUACGCGCUGUCCAACGACGUCAUCGUCAACUCAGGCAAGUUCCACGAGUUGGAUCGACUGCUGCCCCAACUGCAUGAGGCAGGCCACCGCUUGCUGAUGUUUAGCCAGUUCACGCAGAUGAUGGACAUCCUGGAGGACUACCUCUCCAUCAGGGGCUUCCGCUACUUCAGACUGGAUGGACAGACGCCAGUGCACGAACGCCAGAGCAUGGUCGACGAGUUCAAUCAGGACCAGACUGUCUUCAUCUUCAUGCUGUCCACCAGGGCGGGCGGCCUGGGGAUCAACCUGACCGCUGCCGACACCGUUAUAAUCCAUGACAUAGAUCUCAAUCCGUACAAUGACAAGCAGGCUGAGGACCGGUGCCACAGAGUCGGUCAAACCCGGCCUGUGACCAUCUACAAAAUGGUGGCCAAAGACACGAUCGAGGACGCAAUGUACACGGUCGCGCAGCACAAGCUCAAUUUGGAACAGGAAAUAUCUGGAGGAUCGUCUGGUGGCAAGCAGAACGAAAAAAAGCUGUAUCACUUACUUAAAGAGGCGUUGAUGGCGUCAAAUGAGACUUCACAAUAAACUGCUUAUUCACAAUGUGAUUGAUAUUGAUGCAUGGAAUGUAAUUGCUGUAGUGUACUGCCGUGUAAUGAAUCACAGUUACAAUUUCCUAUUCUUUUCAAUCUAUGAUUGUGAUAACUCACCACAAUUCAACUGCAAAGGACUCUGUUGAUCAAUAAUUUUUACUUAAACCUUACGCUAUCAGUGCGCUUUGAUGAUUUUAAGAACCAAUUGUGUAUUUUUUUGUAAUAUCCAAUUAGUUUUCAAUUCAGUGUCACUUCAAUUUGAAUAUUAUAAUAAAAAGUAAUUUAUCUGUAAAA